CUCCUCUUUUUCUUUCUCUUUCUUAGGCUCUCUCCCACCGAACCAUAAGCCAUGAGGACGACGGCACCGUAAAGCCCCCCUCCAUGCGCUGUUAUUACGGUUGUGCCACCCAGCCUCUUCUUUUCCAUGUCGCUCAUGGCCGCUUAGGGUUUGCCUCUCGAUUUCGUUUCUAGGGUUUUCCGCCCGGCCGAUAAGGAGCCGAAUGCCGGGCGAUAUGAGAUUCGAUGAGAGCUUGGUUGCCGAUUACCUCACCAAUCAUCUCGGACCUCUAACUAAGGCUGAUCCUGUUAUUCUGGCUGAGUAUGUGGUGGCAUUGCUGAGGAAUGACAAGCCCAAAAAGGAACUGCAGAAGCUGUGCGCUGAUAGCUUGGUUGAAUUUCUGGGGCCGAGUACAAAUUCUUUUAUCACAAAGUUGUUUCAAGCUUUGGAAGAUGGUUCAAUCACAAGAUCUGGUGAGCGAGUUGAUAGUAUGAAGAAAUCAGAACCAUCUAGAUCCCCUGGUAGAGUUGAUAACCUUCAAGUCAAACAUUCAUCACAGGGAGAACAGAAUACUUCUAGUUCAGAAUCAGCAAGUGACCCUGAUGACAUAGAAGUCACUGAUGAUGAUGACGAUGAUGAUCGCAACCAUAAGCAUCGCCGUCGAGAGGCCAGGCCUAAUUCUCUUGACAAUGAUGCUGGAGAGCUAUCAUUAAGGAGGCCAAAUAGAAUGUGCCACAAACCUAAUGAAAAUGGACGUCUUUUUGCGGAGACUGAUCCUCACUCAAGUUCCAUUCAGAAAGGACGUAAUCCUUCUCUUGAUAGGGAUUUCUCUUCAAAGUUUGACAAUCAGAACUCGGGACUGAUGCCACCAAUGAGGGCUUCAUUUGAUUCAGGUUCGAGAUCAAGAUUGAGCCAUCGUCCUGAUCUUAGCCGUUUUGAUUUAUCUGCAUCAGCUGGCCGUCCUCCAAAUAUCAGGGGAAGAGGAAGGAGUGCAGUACCUUGGAAUCAGCAUGACUCCAGAUUCAACCCUCUUGAAACACUUGACUUUGCAUCCAAAAUGGCAUCACAUGGUCACACACAUCCUCAUAUUUUUAUGGGAACUGGGUUAGCAAGUGCUGCUAGUGGUCAAAGUCCAUCAUGGAGCUCAUUUGGAAUGAUUCCUGGUAUGUCCACUGGGAUUUUGGAUCCACUUCACCCACUUAGUUUGCAAGGUAGCCUUCAGCCGCCUAUCACACCUCCUCUGAAUCUUGGAAUGGCACGCCAGCGUUGUAGAGACUUUGAGGAACGGGGAUUUUGCCUAAGAGGUGAUAUGUGCCCAAUGGAACAUGGUGUCAACCGCAUUGUUGUAGAAGAUGUUCAGAGCCUUUCUCAGUUCAAUCUUCCUGUUUCAAUUCCAAGUGCACAUGCACUUGGGCUCCAGUCUGGAAAAGGAUCUUUACCGACUGUUAAUGCAUCCUCUAGUCUUUUGGUGAACAACAAGGCUCUCCCUGGUAAAAGUAACAAAUCUGGAGUGGGAGAUGAUGUGCUACAUAUUAAUGGAGUUCCAUCUGCUCCUAGUGGUGCUGAGGCAGAUGUGUAUGAUCCUGAUCAACCUUUAUGGAACAAUGAUCGUCCUGGAAGUUCGAGUGCUCUUUUGGGGUUUACUUCACCAAACAUUGAGGAUGGGGCUUUUCUGGAUUGUGAUACUUCGAAUCAACAGAAUCAAAAAUUUAUUGACAACAAUGAAGGAGGAUGUCCUGUAAAAAACUUAAGUGGAGAUGUAGGUUCUCGGGGCACAUCUAUCUGGGGCCGGAUUGGAUCUGGUACCAAGUCAGAAACUGGAAACAAAAUGGAUGACAGCGGGAGUGCAACAGGUUAUCCUGGAAAAGAGAUGGGGACUCUGCAUGAGAAGGCGAAAUCCAGUACACCUGCCCCCAGUGGAGGAAAAGAUGCUGCUACUGAGGGGACAGUAAUAAAAGAGACAGCUGCUCAAUUUGUCCCAAGACCCAGCAAAGAUUUUGGCCGUAAUCAUCCAAAGGCAGCUCAGAGAGCUUCACGAACUCUCUAUGUAAAUGGAAUACCUUUAAAGAACAACAGAAGAGAUGCAUUGCUUUCACACUUUCAAAAGUUCGGUAUGGUGGUUGACAUUUAUAUUCCACUGAACAGUGAGAAGGCUUUUGUACAAUUUUCCAAAAGAGAGGAGGCAGAAGCUGCCCUUAAGGCACCUGAUGCUGUCAUGGGUAAUCGCUUUAUUAAACUUUGGUGGGCCAAUCGUGAUAGCAUUCCUGAUGAAGUUCAAACAAAUGCUACCAAUAAGGCCCAGCAACUUCACGAUGUGCUCGUGCCAUCUGUUUCUUCACAGCCAGCAACUAGCGUGCCUGCAGCUCAGAAGGGGAGCACUGCCUCUGCCAGUGAAAUGUUGAUGCCGGUUGCUGGUCCUCAGAAAAAUGUCCAUACAAAUUAUUCCAAAGCAGCACCUCCAGUUCAAAAGAAGCUGGAGACCUUGGAGCAUCUGAAGGAGGAAAUCCGUAAGAAACAGGAGCUUUUGGCCCAAAAACGCAAUGAUUUCUGGCGCCAGCUGAAUAAGCUUGAGAAACAAGCUGUUUCAGUUAACAAAGUGGAAGUUUCCCCAGAGCAGGCUGGGAAAAGGCAAAAGGUCGACAAGAAUGUUGAUGCUACCAAAACCGUUCCUUCCAACAUCACAAAUUUAUCUACUUUGCCAAGCCAAGAUGGUGAGAAUGUUUUGAAAAAGGACAAUAUAGGGAAUGCGAGACAGAUGGAUUGUGCAUCAGCAGGGUUAUCAAAAAUUUCGAAGUUGGAUACUCAUCGCACCUCAUUUGUAAUUCUCACUCCUCUACCUCCAGGUCUUGCAAAUGUUGACGCUUUGAAAGAGCAUUUUUCAUCUUUCAGUGAUCUUUCUUCUGUUGUUAUUGAGGAACCGGAAGGCAACACACCUGAUGCAGGCUUGGAAAUGCCUUUAAAUUGUUCUGCCCGGAUAACUUUUUCAACAUGCAAGUCUGCUGAGGAAGCAUUUCUGGUUGCUAACCAUUGGCAAGGCCACAAUCUACAGGUCAAGUGGCUGGAAGAGAACCAUCAUUCAAGUGAUGAAUUCAACAAAGCCCCUGAAAGUGUUCCUCAUUCUACUGCUGAGGGAGGUUCAAAUAUCAGUAUUAGAGUUGAGUCCAUGACAUCAAGGCCACUGUCACCAAGCAUAGAGAACCAGGCGUCUAAUGAUUCUGGUGAAGCAGCAGCAGCGGCUAUAAGAACUGAAGAAUCUUCAAUGGAUGUUGACCACACAAAUCAUCUUCCUGAAACUUUGCUUGAAGGGCCUUUAACAACUACCGAGUCUGGUCCUGCUACCUUAUCACCUGAGAAGAGGCCCUCAGAAACUCAUGUCUCUAUGGCUUAAGAAGGAGUUGAUUUCAGUUUGAUGCGACAAGGUUGUGCUCUUGCUACUUUUGGACCAGCCUCUGGUGUUGUAUCCUUUUCUCAGGUGGAAGACUGGGUUUCCAAGGGUGUAAUAACCUGUGCAGUUUGAUGAAUUCCUCAAAUUGCUGAUUUUGUAAAUUUAGUUUGGGUACCAUCUCAGGUAAAACAAACUGCUUUUCAAGGAAAAUAGAUGAAUAGAAAAGAAAAAGAAACUUGAGUUAGUUGUCAGCUCUUCUUGCCCAUGCAUUUGAUGUUAUUAAUGUAAUUAACUGUCAGGAAUUUGUAUGUGCAUUCUUGUCUUUGUUUUCUUGAUACAUUUUGUUGUUGGGGACUAAUCUCACUCUUUAUAAUUUGGCAAAUGUAAAAUACUUUUUGAAGUGUGUUUCGAUGA